AUUGAGGACGCGGCCAUAGUGUUCACGGAGUCUGAAACUCUUUCCAAAGUCGCGCCUGUGCACUAGGACCCUGCGGCGGGUCGCGCGUGCGUGGAGGAAAAGGAAAGGAAAGGAAAGGAAAGGGGAAGGGGAAAGGGCGCGCGCGCGCGCGCUCAGGGCAGUAAGUGAGCUGCGACAGGGUGGCGGAGGAAAAGCGCUACAGGGGUAUUAAGGGGAGUUAAGAUCGACCCGGAGUACCGUUACUCAAGAGCUACACGCUAUGAAGAUUGCACAGACAGUGCGCGAGCGGGGGCUGGAGGGAAACUCAGGCUGCACGCGCACUUACGGGACUUAGCAAGCGCGAUUUAUUUUUAUUUUUUUUGUGAAUUAACCAAACAAAUGCGGGACCAAGUUCUGCGAAAUCAGGACUCGUGGCUGCUUUCAAACCCGGAGGAACUUUAAGUCUUGUCAUCACUUUUGACUUGGACUCGCGCGCGCCGGAGUAGCACUUUUUUCUUUCCUCCAGCUUGAUCUCGUGCCUCACAGCGGAUGCAGAACAUCUUGUGGAAGAUAUUUUGCGCUUGGACAUGAUGGAUAAUCGCGCUGCGUUUUCAUGACUCGCGCACUGAGCUGCACGCACUCGGACGCACGGAGGAUUUUCUCACUUAGUGAUGGAGAGACGCGGCCGUUCAAGCUGACGCGCGCGCAAGUGUCAAAUCAUUGCAGAGGAUAAGCAGCAAGCGCAAACGUUUGAGCAGUGCAGCAGCGCUUUAAUCCUCUGAUCGGACUUGUAUUUGAAGUGAUUUCACGUGAAAAGGUUCGCGCUGAUGACAUGGGCUGACUUCGUGUCACCGAAAAGGGACCGACGAUGUUGCGACGCAGCGCGCGCGCCUCGUUCCGCGGCCGGCCGCUGCUCGUGCUCCUCCUGCUGCUGCUGUUGCUGCUGGGAUUUGCGCGAGCCUGUCGCGAGCUUCUCUCCAGCGGCUGCAGCUGCACGGACGAGCGCGUCAAGGGCCACACGGCGCAGGCGGGCGCGCGCAAACGAGUGAACUGCGCCGGCAAGGAGCUGACGGACACGCCAGAAGCGAGCCUGAUGCCCAACCGGACCAUUUCUUUAAACCUAAGCAACAACCGCAUCCGAGUUCUAAGAAAUGGCUCCUUCGCUGGCUUGUACUUGCUGGACAAAAUCGACCUGAAGAAUAAUCUGAUCAGCACCAUCGUGCCUGGAGCUUUUCAGAGUCUGACCGCAUUGAGAAAACUUGACCUGUCCAACAACCGGAUCGGCUGCCUGACUCCAGAUAUGUUCCAGGGACUCACCAACCUCACCAAACUGAACAUUUCGGGAAACAUCUUCUCUUCACUGGAGCCGAACAUCUUCCAGGAGCUUCCCUCGCUGAAGCUGGUUAACUUUGACUCGGAGUUCCUGUCAUGUGACUGUGGUCUGCAAUGGGUGCCGGAUUUCUUUCGCACAAGUUCAGCCAGACUCGGAGAUGAGACGCUCUGCACGUAUCCCAGAAGGUUCCAGAACAGACCACUGCGAGAACUCAAGGAGAUCGACCUGACCUGUGAAGGCCCCUUGGAGCUGCACACUCUGUUUCUGUUACCCUCACUGCGCCAAGUAGUGUUUAAAGGAGACAGGCUGCCGUUCCACUGUACUGCUGCCCGGGUGGACAAAAUCACCGCCGUACACUGGCGCCACAAAGGCCAAAUUGUCAGUAACAACCCUGAGAAUGGAGUUCUUCUAGAGGAGAGCGUUCUACACGACUGCACUGUCAUCACUAGCGAGCUGAUCUUGUCGAACGUGCAUGUCGAUGCGAGCGGCGAGUGGGAGUGUGUGGUGACAACGGGACGAGGGAACGUCUCGCGCAGUGUAGAGAUCGUGGUUCUGGAAAACAGCGCCACCUUCUGCCCUGAGCAAAGAGUGUCCAAUAAUAGAGGGGAGUUCAGGUGGCCAAGAACUCUGGCUGGAAUUACUUCAUAUCAGUACUGCCUGCAGCUGCGUUAUCCGUCCCUGUCUGGAGGGGGCGCUGUUGAUCAGAAGAGGGCGUCUCGUUACUGUGAUCGCUCUGGUCGCUGGGAGGAAGGAGACUACUCUCAGUGCCUCUACACCAAUGACAUCACCAAUGUCCUUCAUACGUUCAUACUGAUGCCCAUCAAUUCCUCCAAUGCUGUGACGUUGGCACACCAGGUGAGGACAUACACGUUGGAGGCAGCAGGCUUCACGGACACGGUGGAUGUUUUCUACGUGGCACAGAUGAUGGAUAAAUUCAUGGACUAUCUUGAUCAUUCACGUGAGCUGUCAGAAGUACUGGUGGAGAUGGGCAGUAACCUGAUGCAAGUGGAUGAUCAGAUCUUGUCCCUGGCUCAGAAGGAGAAAAGAGCAUGCAGCUCUAUAGUCUGCUCACUAGAGACCUUAGCAUGGCCACAGCUUCACCCGAAUGCCCAGUAUCUCUCCAUGAUAUCUCGGAACAUCGUGAUGGAAGCUCACUUGAUACGCCCCGCCCACUUCACUGGCAUGACCUGCACCGCCUAUGAAAGACGAGAGAGCUCUGGUGCCAGUGGAUUCGACGCGAUAGACUCCACCCACGAGCAGCAGUUACACUUCCGUUGUACAACAGGAACCCUUAACAUGUCACUAAACGCUUUCCCUUUAAAGAAUGCUGUAGCACUUGCUUCGGUCUCUCUCCCUCCAUCCCUGUUCCCUCCCAAUGCUCCUACGGACUGUAAACUGCAGUUUGUGGCUUUCCGUACUGGAAGAUUCUUCCCGUUUAUUGGAAACUCCAGCAGCGCAGCUCGCCGGCGGAGCGUGAACACACCGGUCAUCUACGUAGGCCUUGAUGGAUGCACCAUGUGGAACCAGUCAGCUCCAAUCACUGUGUCGCUGCGACACACAUCACCCGGUAACGAUCCAGUGGCUGCACAUUGGAGUCUGCAUUCGCUCAAGCAUCAUGGGAGUUGGAGUACAGACGGCUGUCAGUUAACGCACAGUGACGCUAGCAUGUCAACGCUACGGUGCACCGUACUCAGUAACUACGCCGUGCUCCAGGAGGUGCCUGAUUUCCCGGGUCUGUCUCCUGCUCCUGUGGAAGUGCUCCACCCGGUGGUGUACACCUGCACUGCAGCUCUCCUCCUGUGCCUCUUCACCAUCAUCUUUACAUACAUACUACACCACAGCUCUAUUCGAAUUACUAGGAAAAGCUGGCACACCCUCCUCAACACCUGUUUUCACAUUGCCAUGACGACGGCGGUGUUUGCUGGGGGCAUCACUCUAACUAGCCACCCAAUUGCGUGCCAAGCGGUGGGCAUUGUUCUCCACUAUUCUUCAUUGUCCACUCUGUUGUGGAUCGGCGUCAGCGCGCGGGUGCUCUAUAAGGAGGCCAUGUGGCGGUCUCCACAGCAACCAGAGGGCGAAGCUACAGUAGUACCCACUCAGCGGCCCAUGCUCAGGUUUUAUUUGAUAGCCGGCGGCGUUCCUCUCAUCAUAUGCGGGAUCACUGCAGCUGUCAACAUUAACAACUACGGGGACAACAUUCCUUACUGUUGGUUGGUAUGGCAGCCCAGUAUUGGAGCUUUCUAUGUUCCUGCUGGCCUGGUGAUCCUGGUGACCUGGCUGUACUUCCUGUGUACCAUUGCACGCUUGAGAUGCCGAACGUCCCAGAGUGCCAAGGAACCUCCAUGCUCCACCUCUGGAUCCUCUCCCUUACCUGAAGCCCAGCCAGCUCUAAAUGGCAGCACUAGCUUACUUUCAACGGACUCUGCGGUCGGCCCGGUGCAUGCUGGAACGGUACAGGAGGACCAGUACUCGCUGAAAGUGCAGUUCUUGGUACUGGUGGUGACUCAGUUUGUGUUUUUGCUUCUGUGGUGUUGCGGUGCGAUGGCUAUGUGGCACGUGGACAGAGAGAGGAAGUUGUUCAGCUGCCUGUAUGGAGGAACGGCGACAGGGCUGGGAAUCUUCUUGGUGCUCCAUCACUGCUUCAAACGCUUGGAUGUUCAGGCAGCUUGGCUUGGAUGUUGCCGAGGAUACCAUCGCUCACAGCCGAUUCCAGCCUACAGCCAACCCUGCACCGCCACCGCCGGAGUCCAGAGCACUUCUGAACGGGGCUCGCAACUUUUUAUUGGCUCUCUUCCUCCAGCAGAGCAAAGCAACUACUCUUCUUCUGCCAGAUCAUCCUCCACUCCGAGUGGCACCAGCAGUAUCGGCACUGGACCCUGCAAGCUUACCAACCUUUUGCAGGUGACACAGGACAAUGCCAACAAUGCUACACGUGCUCUGGCAGGCACCAACACCAGCACCAGCACGGAGAACAACACCAACAGCAAACCUGCCAACAACCUGCUGCUGCCCAGUAUUAGCACCACGCUACCUGUUCAGCAGCAACAGCGAAAAAAGACUACUAGUAGAAAUAAGGCAGGAAGUGGCCAGUACCACCACCGGGGGGAGGGAAGGGGACAUUAUCGUCUGAAAGCACUACGAGGGGGUGGGGGCAGUGUAGGUGCCUUGGGCCCACCUGGGGUGGACCAAGUCAACAUUCAUCAAGUUCACAGAUAUGCAUCCAGCGAGAAUGGAAGUCUUCGAAACAGCCAUUCGGAGAGCCAUAAUGGUCCACUGACCAAUGGGAGACACCGUGGAGAAGGACCAGGAACAAGUCCUUCAGAAGGAAGCGAUGGAGGAAGCAGCGGAAGCAGGAAGCCUUUCCCACUUUUGCCCUCUAUAGCAAGUCGGGUUGCAAUGCAGCAGAAUGGACAGAGGCGCAGUGCAAGCAGGGACAACCUUAAAUUGGUCACUGCAGCUGAUAAAGACUUUAAACGAGGUUCCUAUCUGUUGAACACUGACACCAUAACAGUUACCGGAACUGCAAGUGGCACAACCUCAUCAACGCUACCUGCCACAACGAAUGGAAUGCUAAAAGGUUCAGCGAUCGAACUGGACGCAAGUGGAUCGGACCAUUCCCAGGGGUCAGUUGGGAUGAGGCCUGGGGUUUGGAAGAGUGAGACGACGGUGUGAUGGCAACGUAAAUGAGCUCUAGCUAAAUCGGCUAGCAUUCUGUGUUUAGGGAAGAACACGGUGAGCAUCAAGAGCCUCACUGCCUCAAUCCCAAUCGAAACGUGUGCUUUCCUCCAGGAUUAGCCUCCCUGACAUUUUAUUUUCAACAAUGAGCUUCAAACAAUUUGCACCUUCCAGAAAUAUCCCAGACCAUUUGCCAGAUAACUACUCAAGUAUUAGUUGAGGUUUUAUGAGGGAUCCUGUACGUUGUGGUGCCAAAUAAAGCGGGGGUGGGGGGCUUGUUCUUUGGGCCUUGUUGUAUUGUUUUUUAAAAAAAUGAAGGGAUAUACGUAUAUGCAAAAACUGAACCCUUUCCAAAUCAGUAUUUUUCACCCUGAAAUAGUGCCACAGUAUUUGUUUCUCUGUGAUAUGCUUGUUGUUUAGGAUAUAUCUAACAUGAGAUUUAAAAGCUAUUGCUAAAAAGUGAACACCUUACGGGAUCUGUAAGCUUAAACUUUUUAUCCAUUUUGAUCUAUGCAUACCGGUGGAAAUGGACCACAAACUGCAUUCCGAGUUCAUUUUGCAUUUGUUCGCUUGUUCAACCUUUUUUUUUAUAUAUAUACUUAAUGUGUUUGUCGUGCUUUGUGUCUGCUGGUUAUUUGGUGAACGUGCACAUGUGAUCAUGAGAGAUGUAUAUGUCAGAAUGUAUGUAUGUAUGUAUGUAUGUAUGUAUGUAAGAAUGUAUGGAUGUAUUAAUUGACUCUUACAGUAAGUAUUUAGCUCUAUUCCCUUUCCAGCACUGAUAAAUACCUCUUGGCCUUACCUAAUCGUCCCAGUAUUAAGGACUUGCAGUGAGUUCGCUUCCUCUCCAUGCUUUAUUUGUGGAAUACGUAUUGGCACUGGGGGAUGCUGGUCUUUUUCUGCAAAUGCAGGAAAUAACUCAAGUCUGUGUGUUAUUACUGUCCCUCUUCUGUGUCAAAGGCCAAGAUUCUAAUGAAAAACACAGGUCUAGACUGCCCUCUAGCGGAUCACUCAUGCCAUUUAUCAAAUGCACUGCCAAACCAAACAUACCACCAAGUGAUAAAGGCUAUAAAUAGUGAUUUCAUUAUUGUUGUAUAGAAAGAAAUAUAGGUGGAGAAGAAUAUUUUUUUUUUAAUACAAUCAUGUCUAACAUGGUUUUCCCGUAGCACUUGGAAAAAGUCCACCCUUACUUACACCUAAAUGAAGCACAAACAAUGUAUUAGCAGAUUCAGGGUAUUUUUCUAUUCUUUUUCUUUUUUCUUUUCUUUCUUGUAGUCCUCACUGAUUUUUCUUUCUUUCUGUUGUACUGACAUUUUGUUCACUGCUAAAAUCUCCCUAGUUCCCUCCCUAGUCACUUCAAAUUCAAACAGCCAUCAAGCAAUACCAUGUAGCAGUGUAACGUAGUGUAUAGUACUGUCUAAAUGAGAGCACUUAGAACCAACCGAAGCCAACGUUUAAAAAAAAAAAAGAAAAGAAAUAGUACCCCUGGUCUCAAAGGGGGAAAACAGUGUUAGUCACAAGACAAUCAUUUCUAUCAUUCAAGUACUGCCUUAUGCUAAGAAGUAGCUGUUCUUAUUUAUAACAUCAUAUGCAAUGUCAUCUUAUCGACAGGGUGCCAUUUUUAGUUAGUUAGUUAGAUUGUUUGUUUGCUUGUUUUUCACUUCAUAUCUUGAAUCUGUCUUCAAGUAAAAUUCGCCAGCUCUACUUUUAACACGUUUUCAGGGAUGAUUGACACCAAAGAAGCUUCUUUAAACAUCUUGUUACAGUAUUUGUUACAGCAAGUUUUCUCUCUUCAGACAUCACAAAUUUCCCAAAAGUGUCACAAAUUUGGCAAGCAGUUAUUAAAAGUUUUGUAAUAGCAAUAUUUAUUAUAGCGUAAGUCACAAAUAAGAUGUGGUUUUGUUUUAUUGCAUGUUGGACUCCAGUGAGUUUUAUUAGUGACAUGAUGGUGUGUAAAGGGUGAAUAAUCCUUUUAAAAACAGACAUGACUUACUGAGAUUUUUUUUUUUUUUUUUUUAAAUCACCGAACGACUGCAUUAGUUCCAUGGUGUCCAAAUUGAAGUUGAAUGGAAGUCUGAUGUUUAAAGGUGUGUAAAGCUAAUUAUACAAUUAUGAAAUUGUUUUGAAAUGAUGUAUGGACUUGUUUGUGCGCUAUGGUUUAACAAGCCAUGUGAUUUUUAAAAAAAAAUUUUUUUCCUGUCCCUAUGCAUGAAGUUUUUGGUCAGUAAAAAUUCAGUAGGGUAUUUAUCUAACAAUGAUUGUUUCUACUGUCAUCUCGAGUUUUUAAAGGGAUAUUUCAUGUUUCGUGUGUAUUUAUAUGUCACUUUGCAUCAAUAUGAAAAUUCCUUUUCAGUUCCAGUAAAAUAUUUGCUGUUUGUGCCUUAUAAAAAUUUCUGAUGCAAAAUAAAGACUUUUUUAAAUGA